UGUAGCCGGCAAGCUGCAUCACCCUUCGCUGUAGAGAUUUGACUACUGUCAGAAGAAACACAAAAAGUUUCACAGCUGACGCGCGACGCUUCUGAGCCGCCGGAGUAGCGACCUGCAGACUGAUCCCGGUCCUGAUCUGAGCGAGAGUUUGUGGACAGCCAGCGGGAGGAGGGUUACCACUGUCAGAAGGUGCUUCCAGACUUCAGACAUUACUCCUGGUUUAACAGAAACUUACGAUGGCUGACAGUUUUGACUGUGACAACUGCAAGGAGUCCUUGUACGGCCGCAAAUACAUCCAGUCAGAUGACAGUCCUUACUGCAUCCCCUGUUACGACAGCCUGUUCUCAAACACAUGUGAUGAGUGCAAAGAGCUGAUCGGCCAUGACGCAAGGGAGCUCUUCUACGAGGACCGGCACUAUCAUGAGCACUGCUUCCGCUGUUUCCGCUGUGAUCGCUCGUUGGCAGAUGAGCCUUUCACCAGCCAGGAUGAAGCGCUGCUCUGCAAUGACUGCUACUGUAACGAGUUCUCCUCCAAGUGUGUAGCCUGCGACAAAGUCGUCAUGCCAGGCACAAGGAAGUUGGAGUAUGCAGGCUCUACAUGGCACGAGGGCUGCUUCAUCUGUCACAGCUGCCAACAGCCAAUCGGCUCCAAGUCCUUCAUCCCUGACAAGGAUGAACACUACUGCGUGCCUUGCUAUGAGGACAAGUUCGCCCCACGCUGCACACGCUGUAAAAAGACCUUGGCUAAAGGUGGUGUGACCUAUCGGGACGAGCCGUGGCAUAAGGAGUGUUUUGUGUGCACCAGCUGCAAGACACAGCUGGCGGGUCAACACUUCACCUCCCGAGACGACAACCCUUACUGCCUCAAGUGCUUUGGCAGUCUGUACGCCAAGAAGUGCGAGGCCUGCACCAAACCAAUCACAGGUUUUGGAGGAGGAAAGUACAUCUCAUUUGAGGAUCGCCAAUGGCAUCAGCCGUGCUUCACCUGCUCCCAGUGCUCUGCUUCGCUGGUGGGCGCCGGCUUUUUCCCAGACGGUGACAGGAUCUUGUGCCGCGACUGCAACAGCAACCUAUAGAUCAGUUCUUUACCAUAUUCCCACCCUUCCUUUUGAAUUACUUUUCACCCUUUGUCACAGCAUUUUAAGAACCCCAAGUCAUUACCGAGGAAGGUAACGCAGGCUGACAAAUGCUGCCUCUCAGGUGUUUUUAUAUAAAGAGAUAAGUUCCUCAUGGUACCUGUCUGGGUCCGAUUUUCAUCUAGGAGCUAGUGCUGCAUUGUUUAAAUGAACCACAAAGAUUUAACCAAAAAGUUUAUGGAGUGCCUUAAGAAUAACAUUACUUUUAUGUUAUGUACUAUUGAACCAAAGAAGCGCAAAAUGCUAGUCACUUUGCAUAAAAAAAUUCUUCAUAUUUUAUAUAAAAAGUUGCCAUUUCAGGUAGAGGUCAGGGUCUGAAGAGAAGACACACAACACUGAUACAGUUUAGUAUGUAAACCUUCCAGUUUGUAUUUCAAAGUAUUGGUGGAGGUACUGUUUUAAUGCUCUUAUAACUGCAGUUUUAAGCAUUUUAAUGAAAAUAUGGCAGAAAGUACAAGCAAGAAGAAAAUCUAGAAAAACAAUCUGCUGAUUAUGCUUUCAGUGAGGUAGUCACUUUAUGGUAGUUCUGAUCAAUAAAGUCAUUUGCACUUUUGAUACGAUAUCCUCUUGCUACCAUAUUAUGUGCACAUAAAAACACAACUUAAAAAAAACAUGGCACACACCACUUUUUUUUCGUCAUGUAUCUGCUUUGUUGAACUUUGCAAUGACACUUAUUUUUAAAGUUUCAUCUUAUUUCUGUCUUUUUCAUUUGUUAUAAUGAUUUUUUUUAAUCACAGUUGCUCAAAGAGCCAGCAUUUAUAACCUGAAAGAAGCUGAAAUGAAAUAAUACCGUUGUGUAUUGCAGGAGUGUGCAUGUCUGCCAUGAUUCCUGUUGACAAUUAUUUUGUUGCCGUUAAAACUGUUACUGUUUUGUUUUUUUAUUGUUAGUUCGUAUGUGAAAAGUUAUUAAAAAAAAAAAACCUUUAUUUCAUUAUUUCAGCUUUGAUGCUGGUGAGUCAGAGUUGGCAAAAAUACAUUUUAAGAUGGAACAUUGAGGUGAUAACAGUAAAAACUUACUGUAAAAAAAAAUAGAAUUAAUUAAUGGCUAAAUGCUACAUGGUUAGUUUCAUUUGUGAAGUCUUAUUAAAAAUAAAUUUACACUGACUGAU